GAAUUCUUAUUCAUACUACUCGCGAGUCACUAUGACCGUUGCCGUUUUGCGCUCAUGCCCGUAUUUUGUGUAAUCUUAUCGUAAUGCGUUCAAUGUUGAAUGCUAUUUCUAUACUUGUGCUGAAUUGAUGCUGACAAAAUAUUGCAACCAAUUAAGUGCUAACGUAUGAUCUGUAUACAGCGCUAUGAAAACUCACGUCCGAACUGCCAGUUUUGUAAUUUUUAUUUCAACGGUGCUUUGUGAACGGCUUCGACAUAGGGCUACCAUUACCAUGUGCGCUAGAUAGUGUUGUGCUCUUAUUAGUUUUUUGUCAAACUAAUAUGCUAGCUUGUGAAUAUAAUGUGUGGUGAGCGGUCAACGCUGCCAAGUGAAUCAUAAGUGAAGUGUCAAUAUGAAGGUGACGGUGUGUUUUGGUUCUGUGCGGGUGUUGGUUCCUUGUGGCGCUGGCGACCUGUUGGUCAGGGACCUCAUACGAGAAGCAACACUUCGAUAUAAAAAAGCUACCGGACAGGGGCCGGAGACAUGGGUAGGCGUGCGAGCACUUCGUGCAAGUUCAGGUGGUAUUCUGGAUCUGGACGAUCGCGUGAGAGACGUGGCCGACGAUCGAGAGACGCUCACCGCAGAAUGCGCUAACCAGUCGCAGCCUAGGGCUGCCCAAGCAGAUGGCGCGAGCGGCUCUUCGGCUGGUACCGCCUCGCCGGAUAUGUUUCGGGGCGGUGGUGGCGUGGGGGGCAGUAUGCGAGUUCCAAAUACAGAUUCGUGUGUAGAAGUUGGCGUAGCCGACUUGGAAGACGGUGCUAACGGUUUACAAGUUCGUCGCGGAAGUGAGCCCUCACUGCAUCAAGACACAUUGCCUCCGCAAAGACAGGUUUCAGAUCAUAGUAAACGAUGGUCAGCGGCGGUUGUGUGUCGGGACGACACAAGCCGUGUGAUGCACAAAGUGCACCCUCUGGACGGCCGGCCGCCCGACCCGCCCCCCGGCCACGGACAGCACUUCCAGAGACAAUCCAACCGUCUCUCUAUGCAGUUCUCUGGCCCUGGGAGUGGUGUUUGGUUGGAUGCGGCUGAACGAGUCCAGGUUUAUGAAAGUAAAAGCCUUCCCCGAGAUGCUCGAAAAGAACCACUAGGACAAGAUACACCUCCCUGUAACAAUCAGAACCAUAGAGUUGAAGAUAUGUUGAGAUGGGUGUCUGGAGUCAAUAAUGUGGCGAAUGUACACCCUGUUCAAGAACGACCUCUCGAUCUUCUACCAGAAGGUAACAGCGAAAGGGCCAUAUCGGGCAUGGAAGUGCCAGUCAGUCCGAGUAGCAAGCCAGUAUCGAAAGCUAUGCAAACCGUCACUGUCACCCUGAUCAAGGGCGAAAAGGGCCUAGGGUUCACUAUCACCACCAGAGACAAUCCUACAGGAGGGCAUUGUCCUAUUUAUAUUAAGAAUAUUUUACCAAAGGGCGCGGCGGUGUCGGACGGGCGGCUGCGCGCGGGCGACCGGCUGGUGUCGGUGAACCAGGUGGCGGUGUCGGGGCGCACGCAGCAGCAGGUGGUGGCGCUGCUGCGCGCCACGCCGCCCGACGCCGCCGUCGAGCUGGUGGUGGAGCGCGCGCGCGCGCAGAGGGUGGAACCUCAACAAAGUCCAACCAAGUACACGGAAAAACCUAUAGGGCCUGCGCCGAGUACACAAUCGAAGCCAAUUGAAGCUAAACCUGAAAACGGUCGCGUUUCGAGCAUGGUGAACGCAAUAAACCAUGGCAACAAUAACUCGGUGAGGGGAAGGAUACCAAAGAGCUCGUCGAAGGACGAUCUGUUGAAGGACCAUUCGGUAGACAGUGCUUUACAAGAAGCUUUGAAUUCUUCUUCAAAUUCUUUACUAGGCCUGCGUAACCGCCUAAUCCUAAGGCUAGAUGUGCCAGUCCACGAUUCUGAAAAAGCUGGACUCGGUAUCAGCGUAAAGGGAAAAGUGACAGUUGGACCAGACCCUCACGAUUUGGGUAUCUUCAUUAAAUCUGUACUUCACGGGGGUGCCGCGUCCAGAGAUGGAAGAUUACACACAAACGACCAGCUCCUUAGUGUGAACGGCGUUUCGUUGGUCGGUCAGUCUAACGCAGAGGCGAUGGAGACUCUUCGGCGGGCGCUGUUACAUUCAAGGCCUAACGUACAUGGUAGCAUAUCUCUCACUAUAGCCAGGAGGACGGACAGUAUGGAUAGCUUAGCGAGGUGGAAGGAUGAUACGCCACCGAACGGCAACGACACCACGAAUUCAAACGAAAACAGUAACUCUCAAAACUUCAACACGGUUAUAUAUAACACGUCGCACGAUAAGGAGAACAAACCGUUAGAUUACAGUCAGAAAGUCGAAACUAGUAAAGAAGGGACCGACCACCACGACGGCAGAAGCAGCAAGAAACACGCCUCAAUCAUCACCAUUAAUAAUAAUACUAGCUGGGUGUCGAAUCAGUCGGACGACAGUAAAGGUUACUUGGAAAGGGACAAGGAUACGAUUCCCCACGAUAACAAAAGAGACAGCUUCGAGUGGAGUCGCUUAGAUGGAUGGAACCCCGUCAUAGAUCGGCUGACGGGCCUCCGCAACGAGAGCUACUACAUGGCGACGCAGGUGGACGCCCCGGUCGCCAAUGGCCACCACUACCGGCAGAAUCUGGGACACGUUCACAUGUCGAGGUCUCCCCCCGCUCACCACAACGUCAUCAUCGAAGAGGAUUACGGUACGACGAGGGGCAGCACGGCGGGCGAGUCGGGCAGCGAGAGCGGCGGCGCCUUCAGCCGCGACGCGGUGGGGCGGCGCUCCAUGUCGGAGAAGCGCCACGCCGCGCUCGACGCGCGCGCCACCGGCACCUACCGCAAGAUCAAGGAGAACAAGGCCAUACACGCCAUGCAAGUAGGUCCGUCGCUUGGAAUGCGAAAAUCGUCAAGUCUAGAAUCCCUUCAGACAGCGAUACAGGAAACUCAAAGAAAUCCGAUCCGCAACGAACCAAUCUACGCUCGAGCACACCCACCGCUAAAACAUUGGCUGACAGACGACAAUGCAGCCCCCGAAACUAUAGUACGAGGUUCACCGCAACAAUCUUCGCUAUCACACAAAAAACCUUCACUUCUUAAAUCCUUAUCCACAAUGUUCCGAAUCGGCAAGCCACACAAAAAGCCUGAAGCUGAUUUAUACGGUAGAGCGCAGCCGGGACGGUCAUCGGAGAAAUCGCUGUCACGGGAAGCGCUGGAGAGGCACAGAAAAGAGGAGCGGUCCAACGAAGCAGAGCCAGUUCCACCAGCUAGAGAGGAGCGCAGCUCGCGCAGCGGCUCGGAGCGACGCACGGCGCCCGCGCACGGACACACGAUGGAAAAUGCCUGGGGCCCGACUGGACACUACGUGAAUUACGAAGAGAUACAACAAAACUUGAACUUGCGGCGCGAGAAGCUGCGCGAGGUGCAGAUCGGGCAGGUGCGCCGCACCGCGCACGCGCCGCCCGACAGUCGGCGAACUGGAGCGGGCGGCUAUCACUCCCAGCGCUCUUGCAAAGAGAGCGGUAUCCGACCGCAGUCCAACUACUACGAGUACGAAAGCGCUCCUCCGAGGAGACCCGGGAAGCUGUCGCACUACCACUGAGCAUUGGCCUCGUGGGCUAAUAGUGGUGGAUAUUAUCUUCCGAGAGUCGUUAGUCUGUACACACACGUAUGGCGAACAUUCGCAUUGGAAAAUUCCAGACAUUGGAAUAUGUUUGUCGGAUGAUUUCGUAUCAUAGAACUUAAUCGUAGUAUACAACUAUUCAAAUAUUUCCGAUUGUUAACACUACAGUCGAACUCGAUUUGUAAAUACCGACUAGGCUAUGAAGUACAUUAUAAGUUUUGUAAAUUUAGAAGCGCUAUGGACCACCAAUUUAUCCCUUUACAUGCUUGAUAGGUACAAAUGAAUGAUAUAAUUUAAUAGAAACGACUUAGGAAUUGAAUAGGAAUUAUAAAAUUUGAAAUAUUCAAGUAUAAAAAUUAGGGCACAGUAUAGGGAACUGGUGUACGGUGGUUAAAUUAAUUGUCUGCAUAGAGUUUUAACUGUAUAAUCAGAGACAAUUGCACGGCCGGUUUUAAUAGCCAUUUGUACUAUUGUAAUCCAAAAUCAUAUUUAGUACAUA